GUGCUGGAGAAUAGAAUUUGAUGAAUACAGUUAACUCAAUCAUUCGCUCUGACGAAGAGCUAACGCUCGAAACUUUAGCUUUAGAAACUCUUUGCGAUGGCCAAUUUACAAUCUUAACUCAGAUGAUAAAACCGAAUUAUCUAGUUAUAUCCCCCAUCGAUGUAGAUUCAUACUUUCUUUAGAAAUUUAUCCCCUCAACUCAAUGACAGCCUGUUCCAGGCUUUAAUUAAGAUAAUAAAACCAAGCCUGAAAGAAGACGACGCCGCGGAGCGUGAAAAGGGGAGAGGUUUGGGGCCGUUCGCAUGACAAACAGCAUGCAUUUCGCGACUCGACUCUACUUUCGGAAUGCCUGGAACAGUCAAACCCCAUGAACACCAGAAAUCUCAAGCUUAAGAAGACAAGUAACUCUUUGAAAUAGAUUAUCAGAGUUUCUCUUUACCAUCCAACUUCCACAGCCAUUUUUAACUUCACUAAUCUGAUAAUUGACACCUUCCUUGAGGUGUCACUAUGAUGUACGCAGAGAUAAGUCGACCAUUAAAAGUCCGUGUGCAAGGCCUUACAAACCAAAUACGUGUACUUUCUGUGGUUUAAAAGACAAUUCGAACAGUCUACUGUAUUCUCUUUUCAUGUGACCUUUCCCCAGUCCCCACGGUCCGUUUAAGGUAAGAAAGUGGGUUGGUAGGCAGUGAACAAUUAGGUGACAAAUUAUUGGUUAUUGACAAUCGUUACAACACCCAUUCCUCUUACCGCCAUCAAUGUUAUGUUUUUAAGGUUCUUUUAGGUUCGUUUGUUUUUAACCUGUGAUAUGGAGUCAACUGGAAGUACACAUGCGAUCGCAGGCCAGAAAAGGUGAAUCUUGGGCGAAAAUGUUUUGAGAAGGGGUGAAAGCCGUUUUGCCUAACUGUCCAUCUCAGUUACAUUAAUUGAAUUUUUUUACGCACCUUUUUACGCAAAUGGUUACAUUGAAAAUUUCGCAAUACUGCUUGAAAUCUCAAUGAACAUCUGAUAUUAAUAGAGGUGAUAAAUACGAAAUUAAGUGCUAAGGUCUUCAAAUAAUUUCAGCAGAACUAGAGAACGAAAAGGGAAAUUAAUCAAAUUAUAAUGAUUGUAACAGCUAGACAAGCAAACUAGUAUAACUGAACAGAGGGAGGUGAGAUAUCUGAUGUUAAAGAAAACAGUCUUGGUAGUAUUUCUACCCUCUGUCUACAUGGAAAUAACAAAAACCAACAGCAACCUUCAUUUUUUCAUUCUUAAAAUAAAAGUUGGCUCAGAGAUAGCAAAUGUUCAUCAUGGCGGGCCGGUCUUUAAAAUCUAAAAAGGGUCGAUAAGGUGUACUGAUAGAAUCCUGAAAUACAAUACACAAAUAAUUACAUAAAUACAUAGAAAAAUUGUUAUUACAAAUCAUGAAAUAAGACAAAGGAAGAACACUGGCUACCUCAGAGGACUUUCAGAGGCAUUAUUAAUUACUUAUGAGAUUUUACCUUUGGAAUGACCUCGUGUAUGUAUAGAAAGGAAUUUUCCCUCUUGAAAAUACUUAGCAGUAAAUGCUUUAUUUUAAAAAUGAGUGAAUGUUCGGAUAGCUCCUAUUGAAAGAAUGGUAUCUCAUUUCAUAUUGUAACAACUUCUCUUGAGAAGGAUUUUCAUAUACCACAAGAGUUGACGAUUUCAUGUAGAAAGUAUCCAAAGUAAAAUAGGUACCUCUUUAUCGUGAAUAUUUGUAACUGCAAAUUAUGUUCUCCAACCCCGAAAUUCCUCUCAGCUAAAAUUCUGAACGACUUUUUCAAUAUUUAGAGUAGUCUUCAAUAGUCUGCAAUAUUAUUUCAGCAGAUUUGCUGAAAUAAUAUUGCAGUCUUCUUUACUCAGGGAUUUUCUUUAUUCAAAAGGGAUUUCUCAACUUCUUUACACUUUUUUAGUCAACAACCGCGAAGGAACUUCAAUGUGAUCAUAAUUUUGACACCAGCAAACACAAAUAACCGCACUUUUAUUCUAAAAGUUUUUCUUUUAAUUGCCUAAAUGCUGUCACACCUCAGAACAAUGCAAAACAUCGUCGUCAAUACAGCUGAUGUACAUCCAUUCACAGUGACGAACAUAAAAGAAAUCGAAAUGAGUCGAUUGUCCUCUUUCUCCGAAACUCAGAGGUUGUUUAGUGAUAAUAGUUCGCUUAAAGCAAUAUCUGUUGUACAGAGAUCUUAUGAUGUUGUCCUGCGUUACUUUUGGUUUGUUAUCUCUUUUCUCCAUGACCCUAGGUUGCAGUGACUAUCUAGAUAACUGCCAAGUGUACGAUCAAAUGGGUCUAUGUAACAUUCCAAAAUAUUUCGAACUUAUGAAGAAGUACUGUGAAAAGACUUGUCAUCUCUGCAAUAUAACUUCUCAUGCGACUCCACAACCGGUGCAGCCUGGACAGCCCCUGGGUGAAUGUGGCAGGUCUGUGGUUCCUCAGGGCCGUGUUAUCGGUGGAACAGAUGCGAUACACGGAUCGUGGCCCUGGCAAGUAGGUCUGUACGCUGGAGACGAUGACUCUAAGUUCUUCUGCGGAGGGUCCCUCAUCAAACCAAACUGGGUCGUCACAGCUGCCCACUGCAUUAACGACAAUCUGCCCGUUGCUUCAUACCGCAUUCGCUUGGGAGACUGGCACCGCUUCUUCCCCGACGGCACAGAACAGGUCCGCAACGCGUCCAAAGUGAUUAAACACCCUAAGUACAACUACCCAUCGCUCAUCAAUAACGACAUUGCCUUAAUCAAGCUCGACCACCCGGUGCUGUUGAAUAGUCAUGUGAACACCAUCUGUCUUCCUAAGAGAGACGUAGCUGUCUCUCUAAAUAGCACGUGCUAUAUCACAGGGUGGGGCAAGGUGAAACAUCCGGGUGCUUCCUACCACAAACUUCAACAGGCCCAGCUCCCACUUGUCUCCAACGCCGAAUGUUCCCAGAAACUUUCCGCUUCACCCUCGGGGGGAAUACUCAACGUUACCAAACAAAUGGUUUGCGCCGGAAACCUGAACCCCAAUGAAUCGCAGGGAGGUUGCCAUGGCGACAGUGGAGGACCAUUCGUCUGCAAGGACUCUGCAUCCGGGAAGUUCGUCCUACAGGGAGCGGUUAGCUGGGGUUCGCCGAAUUGUAACUUUGCGCAAGUCAACAAACAGUACACGGUGUUUGCCCGAAUCAGCAAAUUUCGCCGUUGGAUAAAUCUUAAAAUUUCUCAAAACUGAACACUAAAGAGCCACAUCUGAAUGGAAGUGACAUUAUGAUAACAAUAGUCCGGAGUGACGUUUAUUGGGUAAAGCCUUGCAAGAAAUAUGUAAAGGCUAAUAAAUUCGAAAAUAAAUGAUGAAGAAAUAUGUGCGUUUUUUCCUUGUACCAAAAAAACCACCGUCUCAAGACAACCUGCGAUCAUAAGCAAGUGAGAAAUCUCUCUUUCAGCUCAUUUCCACCGCAAAUAACUCCUACGUCGACAGGUUUAUAAUAAUUUCGAACGGAGAGUGACAAA